CCACCUCCACCACCGCCUGUCCCGCCCGCUGCCUAUAACCCCAUUCCCCUCCAGUCUUGCGCCUUCACUAUGGCGGGCCAGCAGCAGCAAAUCCUCGAUACCAUCUUCUCCAUGAAGCGGAGAAUCCUGCGCAACGACGAUUCUUCCGACUCCGAUGACACCGAGAAACUCCAUGGUAGCCAAAAGCAGAGCCUGAAGCGCAAGGCACACUACACUCGAUCUGGCGACUUGGAGUCUCUAUCCAACCCGCAACCGUAUAAAAAGAGGAUCGAGCACGCCGGCUACCGAAGAUAUAUAUUACAGCGCAACCCUCCGCGCUUCGAUCCUGACGGUGACAUCAUUGAGGCUGCCGAUGAGUACGAAGAGGAAGAUGACUUAUCCACCAUCGAAGAGAACCCUUAUGCCGACAUACAACUAGAGGCUCUGUUGGCACCUCUGACUUCUCCAGCCGAUCUACCAAAUCACCCCUCGUACAGCGUAGCCUACACCUCCAAACACCUGACCAACCUGUCCAAGGAAGCAGCAUUCGUCUCCCGGAAGGAGCAGAUAGCGCUGUGGCAUGCAAAGACUUUGUCUAACAGACUCCAAGGCGAUUCCGAUUUCGCGCCUCAUGCACUGGCAGCAAUGGCCCGCGAGCCCCUCGGAGAAUUUUGGGCUAGUCGCUCCCAUGCGCAGGAACUGAACGGCGAUGGCGCUCAGGCUUCCAGACCAUACGAGCAACCCAAAGCACCGACGCAACACAUGCUCACUGACAAGGAUGUACAUAUGGAGGACGUUGCGCAGAUCGACGGCAACACCUCUGGCAACAAUCAUGAAGCGGACGUACAAGAUGCUGCUGAGCCUAAAACAAACGGCAUAACAGGCAAUACUGGCGUGGAAAAGGCGCAAACGAAUGGCGAUGCGGCUCAAUCUCCACUUGGUGAUGAUAUGUCUGACACAGCUUCCCAGCAGACAGCGCAUAGAAUGACAACGCGUGCCCGAGCCCAUGCUGCUUCGUCCCCUUCUCCUCCAGCUACACCAGCAAGUUUCACAAAUGGAAUCCAUCCGCUCUUCACAUUCCCAGUCUCGUCACUCCCGGAUAAAGAUUUUGGGUUGCCACCAACAGAAGCUGAAGAAACGCGGAUUUUGUUAAUGGCCUAUGUACAGAAACAAGAGGAAAUCGCAAGGAUGGCAGCGGAUCUUUCUCAUGGUAUGAUGCAUGGGGAACGUAUGAGACAAGACGUUUUUAAAUGGAGCAAAGCAGAAGCACACAUUGGGGAAAUGAGUGAUGGGGAAGAUUGGUACGAUGAGGAAGAAUGGGGCUUGGACGGGCAACUUGGGAAAGGCAGAGAUGAGGAAGAGGACGAAGCAGUCGCAGCUGGGAAGAAGAGUACCAGGCAAAGACGAAAACCGGACAGAGAGGACAGAUGA